AUGCCACAUUCCGGAGUUUGGAAGCCAGAAAAGGCAAAACCAUUGAGGAUAGUAUUUGAUGCUUCCUCUAAGAGAGUCGGACAGUUUUCGCUGAAUGAUGUGAUCUACACAGGAGAAUCUUUCGUGAACAAAAUUCAUGAUGUUCUAGUUGCAAGUAGAACCAGUGGAAUUAUUCUUUUAUGCGAUAUUGAAGCGGCUUUCACGCAAAUCAGACUAGUGGAAGAUCAUAAAGAUUUGUGUCGGUUUUUAUGGCUGAAAGACAUGAAUAAGCCUCCAAAUCGAGACAACAUAGCAGAAUACAGAUUCAAUCGUUUGCCCUUCGGUAACACCUCGGCACCAAGUAUUCUUAACAUGGCCAUUCUGGCAUAUUUAAAUCACAAGAAUACUCCGCUCUCACUGGAGAUUGCAAAAAAUAUUUAUGUGGACAAUAUUCUCUUAUGCGCCACCGCCAAAGAGGAAGCACUAGAAAAAUAUACUGUUUCAAAGAAUAUUUUCCGUGAAAUCGGCAUGAAUUUGCGAGAAUAUAUUUCAAACUCAGCUGAAGUUAACAGAGCUAUCCCAAAAGAGGAUAGAGCGCCCACAGACAACAUAAAACUCCUUGGCGUCAAAUAUGACACCAAAUCCGACGAAUUUGUGAUGAAAGUUACAAUUCCACAAGGAGAAAAACUAACCAAACGCGAUAUUGUAAGCCAGAUAAACUCGAUCUAUGAUCCCGUAGGACUCGCAAGCCCACUGAUUAUCAAACUGAAGUCUCUAAUGAGAGAAAUUUACGAUACAGGGAUAGAAUGGAAACAAUACGUUCCGCAAGCGCUGUGUAUUAAAUGGAAUUCUGUAAUACAAGAGAUAAAAAAUGCAUGUAUAAGGAUGUACCAAGAUAUUGUCAGCCUUUCUCCUGAAGAGGCUUACAAGUGUCUUAGAGAAGGUAAUUCCGGACCGAAGCCUUCAGCCGAGUUUCUGGCAAAGAAGAAAGCGUUGAGAAAAGCGUGGCUCACUUCUCAGCCUGAGACUACGACGGCAACAGCUACACCGACUGACCACUCCUCCAUAUUUAUCUUCGCUGUACUCGGAAUUUUUGCUUUGUCCACGAUCAUCGCGCUACUGCAGACGUUGGAACUCGAGGCAGAACGGCAAGCCUCAUCAGUGAUCAUGAUUAGCUGUGAUCAGUUUUACGAAGAAAUAGAGGACAAUCAACAUGUGAAUGUUGAAACCACAAACGAGUCAGUGGAAUCAUUCCGUUUAAUAAUAGAUCUAGCUCGUUUCUCUCGCUACAAAACAGCUCUUCGAACAUUCCCAGUUAUUGGAAAAUUGCUGAGUAAAUGGGUGAAACGAUGCAAUUACACCAGGUCAACAUCGAUUACGCUAAACGUACUCUCCCUCUACACAAAUGAAGAUGUCAUUGCUGCGGAGGAUAUGGAGAUCUCUGAGAAACUCAUCUUAGCAACUAUUCACGAAAACAUCAACAAAUGCAUAAAUUGCAGAAACGAUUCCCAAAUCAGAAGAUUGUCAGAGACGAAAAAGGCAUCAUUCGAUACAAGUCACGCACUCAGAACGCCAAUUUGCCAUAUGAUGCAAAAAUGCCAAUUUUCAUUCCGAAUUACUCGAAACUAG